AUGCUUCCUGCUCGAAGAUUAAUCGUUGCCGUGUUUGGUGUUUGCUUGCUGACCGCUCUCCUCGAGGUGAGCGAAGCCAGGCCACGCAUCAGGCAUCAGAAAGGCGGCAGCCAUUGCAGCAGAUGUGGUCCAGGCUGGGGUGUCGUGAAUCGUUGUGUUCGUGGCCGCGACACCGAGUGUGGAAAAUGUGCACCAGGCACCUACAGUCCACAUCACAGCACCCAGCCUUGUUGGAUCUGUUCUAGGUGUGGUCCAGGCCUUUAUGAGGCACAUCCUUGCACCUCUAAAACGGACACCGUCUGCGACUCCUGUCACAGACCAGCUCCAGAUAACCCUGACUACCAGAGAAAGUGUAAAGGACGAUCGAAUCUGUUUCUAGCACCUGAAGAUGCAUUGGGUACUGGAGAGGAGAGCAUUCUGGUGAACGAACCUUACGGCCAAGAUCAGUUGGAUGAUGGAAAAGAAAUUUUAGAAAAGGAUGCAGAAGCAGCUAUUCUGAACAGAGAGCUGAAUUCCUUGGAAAGGUUCUAA